GAAGAUAUGAGAAGAGCAGUAAGUGCUGUUCUUUCCGAUAGGAUGGGAUUCCUUCGAGCAUCAGCUGCAUAUGAUGUUCCAAAGUCAACAUUAGAGCGUCGCGUUCGAAAGGCUCGAAACGCAGAAAACCUUGAUACUGAUUCAGAUAAUGACUAUGGUAAGAAGAAGCUAGGACGAUACAGAACCGUUUUCACCAAAGAGCAGGAGAACGAGUUAGCAGAAUAUGUGAAGUCAAUGGAAGCUCGUCUUUUUGGCAUAACUGGAAAAGAACUUCGUGUAUUAGCUUACCAGUUAGCUGAAAAAAAUAGAAUUGAUCAUCCAUUUAGCGAGGAAACUGGAAUGGCUGGUGAAGAUUGGCUGAGUGGAUUCUUAAAAAGACAUUCCGAUCUUACUUACAGGCGGCCAGAACCAACUUCCGCUGCAAGGGCGAUGGCUUUCAAUAAAGUGACAGUAAAUGAUUUUUUCUCUUUGCUGGAAAAAGUGAUUGACCAACACAAACUUACUCCAGACAGAAUAUUUAACGUGGAUGAGACAGGAGUCAGUACUGUCCCAAAAAGUCAUUCAAGAAUAUUGUCGCUCAAGGGCCAAAAACAAGUUGGCUGCCUUUCAUCAGCAGAAAGAGGCCAAUUAGUAACUGCCGAAAUCUGCUUCAACGCUGCAGGGACUUAUGUGCCGCCAAUGUUGAUAUACGCCCGAAAACGCAUGAAAAACGAAUUGCUUGAUGACGCGCCACCUGGGUUUUGGGGGACUUGCAGUGACAACGGGUGGAUCACAUCAAAAAUAUUCCUCGACUGGUUUAAGAAAUUCGUGGUGUACUCAAAACCCACUGAAGCAAAGUCCGUUUUGUUGCUGUUGGAUGGUCACGCGUCGCACACAAAAAACAUUGACCUGAUAGAUUACGCACGGGAGCAUCAUGUGAUUUUAUUGUGUACACCUCCACACUGCGCUCAUAAAUUGCAGCCUUUAGAUGUUGCCUUUAUGAGGCCGCUGAGUAUAUACUACAGUGCAGAAGUAAAAAAAUGGUUGAAAGAGCACCCUGGUCGCGUGGUUACUGCAUACCAAGUAGCGAAGCUAUUCGGACAAGCUUAUUUACAAGCGGCAACUAUGCCGACCGCCAUAAAUGGAUUCAAAAAAUGUGGAAUAUGGCCACUGGAUAAAAACGUAUUUACAGAUGCAGACUUCAUAGCUGCCGAAACAACAAACACGGAAAACCUUACAACUGGGGACCCAAAUAUGGCAAAUAUUUCUGAAUUGACAAAUCAGCCACCAACCAGGGUCAAUCAGAACCAACCAGGGCCGUCGACAUCAGCUGUUGAGGCAGCACAACAAAGUUCAGCCACGGUCACUUAUAACGAUAAUUCACCUGAACAUGAAAUGGCUUAUCAAGUCAGGACUUUUCCAGAUGUCACAUUAUCGUCACAAAAUGAAAAUUUGAAUGAGCGUGUAUCCAGUCAACACGAGGAGCUUCAUUCCGAUCCUGUCUUGCCCUCUAACAAUAUUAAUUGUGAUAGUAAUAAUGGCACGUCGAUUUCAAAUAAAACUGCUUCUGACAGCAUCCUAUUAACACAGAAUAAUAUAGAUUCUCUUGGCCCUACCAUAAAACACCCUCGACUUUCUACUUCGAAAGAAAAAACUCCUGAGAGACAAGUUAUGGUAGCAACGACGUCUUCGUUUAUAGUGACCCCUGAAAAUAUCAUGGCUAUACCAAAGGAAAUAAGAACUCAGAAGAGGAUAACUAGAAAACGUGGAAAAACUGCAAUACUAACAGAGUCUCCAUACAAAAAUGAUCUCAUUAACGAUAUAAAUAUUAAAAAAAGUCGUAGUAGGGAAAUUAAGACUGACAAAAACAAAUCUGACAGGAAGAAGACUGAAAAAAAUAAAUCUAAUAAGAAAAAACCCGAAGUCAAGAAGCGUAAAAAGAACAAAACUAAGCUAAACAAAAUAGCAAGCGAUACCGAUACCGAAUCAUCCCAAGAUGACGAAAAUAAAGACUGCGCUUGCAUAUAUUGUGGGUAUUUAUAUUCAGAGUCAACGGAAGGUUGGGUGAUCUGUAGCGUGUGCAAGGGUUGGGCCCAUAAUUCCUGUGCUGGAGUUGACGAUGACGACGAAGAGGCACAUACUUGUGAACGUUGCUUACCUGAUUAAAAUGUUUACUCGUUUUGCCCCGUUGCGUAUCCCAUUUUGCCCCAACAAUGGGGCAAAACGGGAAAUCUGACAUGAUUACUUUUGUUCCUAUUUGCCAAAUAAAUAUUGUAAUUCAGAUCUCUCAAAACUAUAAUUAUUAAAGAUGAAUCUAUAUAUGUUCCUUUUUAUGUCAAAGAUUUACAUUAUAAUGGUUGAUUUUCAAAUUAUG